AUGGCUAUGAAAACGCAUAAUACUCGCCAGGAAAAAUUUCUCCAAGCCAUCGCCGUCACCAGUGUUAACGUAUCUGAACCUUCUCGCAAUGAGAAGGUGAAGACUCUCGCUCCUCGCUGCACCUGCAGUCUGAAGAUCAAGACUGCCGCUGAUCCUGCUACGCGUUCUUUCGGUGAUCCUCCUCCGCCUGCCAAAGCCUCAGCAUUGGUUGAUGCAGAUGCGCCAUCUCCUCGAGUCAUACGCAAUGGAAAGACUAAGACUACCGCGGAUGUUGCUACGCGUUCUUUCGGUGAUCUUCCGCCUACCGCCGGUGCUGCUGCACAUUCUUUGGGAGAUCCCACUGCUCCUAUCAAGGACUCGACAUCGGCUCUUAGCUUAGACGUGUCGAGCAAUGCGAAGACGGCGACUCCUGCUCCUCGUAUGGGUUCUUUCGGCAAGCCGACUGGUCCACAUGUGAAAGUCUCUUCAUUGCCUUCACGAAGGGCUAUCUCUCAUCCUGCAUCGUUCGAUGCUUCUCUUAAGUCUGCAACUUCCUCUGCGACUACAUUGAACACCACGCCGGCUUACCGCUGUUUGAUGGGAUGUCCUGCUACAUUUACCACGAUAGCACAGCAUCCACAGCAUUUCAUCCGGUUCGAAUGCCCAGAGAGCAUUAACGGAAAGACGACAAUAUGCGGAUAUGCAGGUUGCUGCCAUGUAUUUCCCGACUCAGAGCCAUCGACCAGAGCAGGGAAAGACAAUCCGUAUGACGUGUUAAUGCACACCCCUGAUCCUGCAGAGGACACGCGUGGUAUGCAGCUACCUCCGACAGCUACAGCUAAGGAGUUCGCAACGCUGGUAUCAAAGAGGGCUAGGUUAUCUAGCGUGCCGACUGUAUACGACAGUAGUGUGUACUCGGAAACACCACACGCCUUUGCAGCAGUCAUCAGAGACAUAGACGAGCAUGACGAGCGGUUCGUCUUUCCAGGUGCCUCUCAAAUGACAGUCAAGUGUCACCACAUGCAAGCAUUUAACGAUCAUGGGAUGAAGCCGACGUUCGUAAACACGAAAACUCGAGAGAAGUUUGACAACUACCUUCUAGACCGCACGGCUGCAGACGUUGCUGCUGCUGCAAAAGGCGAUGUUCCACCAGGAGCUACGGUAUUGUUCAAGUGUCCUGUACCAGGAUGCAAGAGAGGUUUCGGUCCUUCAACUCUGGUAUCAGAGUUUUACAACCACCUGGAGGACCCAGUUCACUGGGUCUAUUACGACGACCAUGGCAUACAAUGUGGCUUUGGUUGCGGCAGAGGGUUUGCAAACGCGACAUGCCUUUCCAGGCACAUCUCCGAAAGGCGAUGCAUGGCUACAGGAGACAAGAAAGGGGAUGCCAUUGUCUGCCCCAAUCCUCCCGUGGGAGGUUUCGCCGUCGAAUGUUUGUCACAAGCAUGGGACAAGCUUGACCUUGCGCUGUCACACUGGAUGAGAUACCACACAAACCAGCUGUAUCGCGAUGGCGUCACCGAGAACAGCUGCUUUGUUUGCGAAGCCACGUUUGCAAUAGAGGACAUGCUGGUUGCUCACUUCCAUAACGCAUCAUCAGACUCGAGAUCGAGCACGAAGCCUUCAACGCACGGCCAGCGCCUGCUCAGCCGCGGGCUUCUUUGGAAUUGUGAGAGGGAGUGGUUGCAUGUGGUGAAGUUUUACCCCGUGUUGCCAUCGGUGCAGUUACUGAUGGCGAUCCACCACCUUGCCAUCAGACCUUCCUUCGACAAGAUCGCGACAAACUACAUCACAAAUCAAAUGCUAUACGCCAAACUCAACGAACUCCGCGCGCUUGUGAUAACGAUGGGUCAGAACGCGUUUUGUCACAAUUGGGCAAGAGAAUCGAGGUUCAUGAGGAUGUACACCGUCAUGCAUGGUCGCCUCGAGGUUACAGUGUGCACCCCUGCUACAGAGUUGAAGAACAACAACCGCGGCGAGUCGACAAGCGUGAUGUGCCCCAGCACGUUGGGCAAAUACGCAGUCGGGUGCUAUGACAGCACCGAGGUCAUUAACCACAACUCUGGCAAUCGGCCGAACGCUGGAAUCGAGGAGCUAGCUAGACGUGUGGAGGUUACGGAGAAAUCUUUGGAGGACAUGACGAGAGCAAGAAGGUCUACUUGA